AUGAAUAUUGAUCACAAUACAGCUGAAUCCUCAGCUCCUCUUCUGGAGUUCUAUGGCGAUCCUCGAAAGGCAUCAAGUCAGCAAACCGAAGACUGCUUACGUAAGCAAGGAGACUCAGCUCGGCUCGCUCAUGAUCGGGCAGUCUGGAGAGCUUCGGUUUUAGAUGUUGUUCCCGGAGAUUUUCUUUCAUUUAUUUCUCUCAUGGGUAGUUCUUGGAGAUCUUCGGUUUAUAACCUUGCCGGAGACAUGUUAAGGACUGUGGAUUCGUGGAAGAAUGCAGUUUCGUAUAUCUUGCUCCGGCAGGUAGUGGAAGAGAUGAAGUUGUUGUACUCCAUUGCCUUCCCGAUGAUCAUCACCGGCCUUCUCCUCUAUGGCAAGUCAGCGAUAUCGAUGUUCUUCAUGGGUCAGAUUGGGAAAGACACAUUAGCAGGCGGGUCCCUCGCGAUCGGCAUAGCUAACAUUACCGGUAUCUCGGUGUUGUCGGGCCUCGCCAUGGGAAUGGAACCGAUCUCCUCCCAAGCGUGUGGAGCAAAGCAGUGGCCUCUGAUGGGCCAAACCCUACAACGCACCAUCACCAUCCUAGCCCUAGUUUGCGUGCCCAUCUCGAUCCUUUGGCUCUAUGUCGAGCCCAUCCUCCUUUUAUGUGGCCAAGACCCAACAAUCUCAUCCAUUGCCUCAGUCUAUUUAGCAUACUCUCUCCCUGACCUCUUCCUUCAAUCUCUCAUAAACCCGCUCAAAAUCUACCUCAGAACACAAAACAUAACCUUGCCGUUUAUGCUCGGGUCGGCCUUCGGCCUGUUAGUUCAUGCGCCCGUUAACUACAUCUUGGUCUACCAGACAAAGCUUGGCAUUCAUGGAAUCGCCAUUGCCGUCUCCUUAACUGACCUCACGGUCCUUGCCGUGGUGCUACUUUACGUGCACUUCUCGAGCACGUGCGCUAAAUCGUGGCAAGGCUGGUCAAUGGAGCAUUGCUUUCAGGAAUGGACCCAAAUCCUUUGCCUAGCUAUCCCCAGCUGCGUCUCAGUGUGCCUGGAAUGGUGGUGGUAUGAGCUCAUGAUUCUCCUCUCUGGCAUUCUAUCAUCGGAGUCUGUUGCGACCAUGGGCAUCCUGCUGCAAGCCACUUCAUUGGUGUACAUCUUCCCUUCAUCCCUCAGCCAAGCUGUGUCAACGCGUGUUGGGAAUACACUGGGAGCCGGUGAGCCCUACAGGGCAAGGUUUUCAUCCUUCACAGCACUGGGUUGCUCGGUUCUCACUAGCCUCCUGGCCCUCCUGUUCAUGACCAUGGCGAGGAACACAUGGGGCCAUAUAUUCACCGACGACAACGCCAUCCUGUCCCUCACAGCAGCUGCCCUCCCCAUUGUGGGGUUAUGCGAGCUCGGUAACUGCCCCCAGACCACUGGGUGCGGGGCACUGAGGGGUAGCGCGAGGCCGUCCCUCGGAGCGAGUGUGAACCUCUUCUCGUUCUACGUGGUCGGGCUACCGGUGGCAGCCAUGAUGGGCUUCGCGAUGCAUAAGGGCCUCCUGGGCCUCUGGUUGGGCCUCCUGGCAGCCCAGAUCGCGUGUGCAGCAGUGAUGAUUGUGGUGCUGACAAGGACUGAUUGGGAAACAGAGGCGGAGCGAGCGCGCGAGCUGACGGGCACCGACCCGGAAAGCGGACGGCCCAAGUGACGAUCUUUGAUCGGUUGUAACAGCUUGCAAAUAUGGUGAAUAAUAGAGCUAACAUAUCAGGCAUAUGCAUAACUAUAAACUCUCUUUUCCCCAUAUGUAGUUGGGACAAGAAACAAAAAGAGUUUAGAAUAAAGGCCAUCUUGAUUGGGCCUUUUGUAGGUCUGAUAGAAUAAUUAGGACCACAGCCUUUGGGCUCUAUGGCCCAUUGGCUGAUGGAAAAACCAUCUACUGGUCCAUUGCUGUAAGUCUUAGCUCUAGAUUGAGAUGUUUGCC